UAUAUAUAUUCAAAACGGCGGUGAGUUGAAGGGUUUGGUGGUAUUAUAGCUGAAGGGGCGAGUAUGAUGAACGCGCAGGCUCAGCCGGCAAUGGCAGGUCCUCAGGGUUACCCUCAUCAUCAGCCUACUUCAGUCGAAGAGGUCAGAACCCUCUGGAUUGGUGAUCUACAGUACUGGGUCGACGAGAACUACCUCACUACUUGCUUUGCUCACACCGGCGAGGUGAUUUCUAUAAAGAUCAUACGUAACAAAAUCACUGGGCAGCCCGAGGGUUACGGCUUUGUGGAGUUUGUCUCACACGCCGCGGCCGAAAGGAUUCUGCAUGCUUACAAUGGCACUCAAAUGCCUGGAACUGAGCAGACUUUUAGGUUGAAUUGGGCUUCUUUCGGUAUCGGCGAACGGCGUCCUGAUGCUGGCCCUGAGCACUCCAUUUUCGUAGGGGAUUUGGCCCCUGAUGUCACCGAUUAUGUGCUGCAAGAGACUUUUCGGAAUACGUAUCCGUCCGUUAGAGGUGCCAAGGUUGUCACUGAUCCAAACACUGGACGCUCCAAAGGUUAUGGCUUUGUCAAGUUUGCUGAUGAGGCGGAAAGGAACCGUGCUAUGACCGAAAUGAAUGGUGUUUAUUGCUCGACUAGGCCGAUGCGGAUCAGUGCAGCAACACCAAAGAAAACCACUGGUUUUCAGCAGCAGUAUGCUGCAGCAAAAGCUGUAUAUCCUGUUCCGGCAUACACUACACCAGCAGUUCCAGUAGUACCAACAGCAGAUUAUGAUGCAAACAACACUACGAUUUUUGUUGGAAACUUGGAUCCUAAUAUUACUGAGGAGGAAUUGAAGCAAACUUUUUUGCAAUUUGGAGAUAUUGUCUAUGUCAAGAUUCCUGCAGGCAAAGGCUGUGGUUUUGUACAGUUUGGGACAAGGGCGUCUGCUGAAGAAGCUAUACAAAGGAUGCAAGGAAAGAUGAUUGGCCAACAAGUGGUCCGCAUUUCUUGGGGUAGGAGCCCAACAGCUAAACAGGAUGUACCUGGUAGCUGGGGCCAGCAAGUAGAUCCAAAUCAAUGGAGUGCAUAUUAUGGUUAUGGUCAAGGCUAUGAUCCCUAUGCCUAUGGAGCUUCUCAAGAUCCAUCGUUGUAUGCAUACAGUGGAUAUGCCGGUUAUGGCCAAUAUCCUCAACAGGUUGAAGGAAUUCAAGAUAUGGCAGCUAUGGCUGGUACUGUUCCAUCUUUAGAACAGAGGGAUGAACUGGAUGAUCCCUUGGCUACACCUGAUGUUGACAAGUUGAAUGCUGCUUACCUCUCUGUACAUGGAAGGGCCAUUUUGGGCCACCCCUUGUGGCUAAGAACAUCAACGUUUCCGCAGCAAGCAUAGUCAACAUUAGCAUAAUGACGUCAUUGGUUUGAUUUGGAUUCUUCCUCAAUUUUCCUAGAGUUCACAUUAUGAAAACCAGAGAAGAAACAGUGGAGAUGUGCUAGAAUGGCUAUAGUUGGUGCAAAUGAGAGUGGGAAGAAACACAGUAGUUGAGUGACCCCACUUUUUCUCUCAAUCAGUGGCUGGGGCUGCAGUUGUCGCUACGUAAAUGUGCCUCAGUCCGAUACCAGUUGCCUUUGCUGGGUUUGUUGUGUGAGAAAGUGUCUCAAUACUGUUGCACCUUAAAUGUUCCAAUUGCUCCUUUGACAAAAAAAAAAAAAAAAAAAAAAAGAAUACAAUACCUGUUGCCUUUGCUAGGCUUGUUGUAUGAGAAAGUGUCUUGAUACCGUUGCACCUUAAAUGUUCCAAUUGCUUAUCUUUAGAAACGUUAGUGAUACUUGAAAUUGUUGCUGGAAAAUUGUACUGAAACAAUAUUUUUGGGUGUUUAUUAAGUGUUUCCUCAAUUUUUGA